AUGUCUCACCUUCUAUUUGUCUUACUUUCACUAUUUUCCUUUGCUGCCCUUCUGGAAGCACAGUGGAAACUGAGGGAGAAUGUAUACGUCAUAGAAUCUGAGUGGAGUGAUGAGACACCAGCUACAAAAGUGGAGCUCACCUGUAACACAUCUGAUGAAGCACUGUCAGUUUACUGGAAAAAGGACACAGAAGUGAAAGGAACUGGAAAGACACUGAUUGCUGAAGUAAAAGAGUUCCCAGAUGCUGGCAACUACACCUGUCUGACAGCUGAUACCCAUGAAAUCAUCAGCUAUGAUUUUUUCCUCAUAACUAAAAUAGACUCAAAUGGGCAAAUGAUAAGGUCAAUUCUGAAAAGUUUUAAAGAGCCAAACAGGACAUUUUUAAAAUGUGAGGCAAAGAAUUACUCUGGAAUUUUCAUAUGUUCGUGGAUGACAGAAAAUGAGAGUCCAGAUGUGAAGUUCACAAUCAGAAGUCUAAAAGGCUCUCAAGGAGAUGUAACCUGCAGCAGCCCUGUGGCUCACACUGAUAACUCAGUGAUUAAGUACACAGCCCAGUGCCAGAAAGAGAACUACUGUCCAUUUGCUGAAGAGCACCAGCCAAUUGAGAUGUUCCUGGAGGUCAUCGAUGAGGUGGAAUAUGAGAACUAUACCAGCAGCUUCUUCAUCAGAGAUAUCAUAAAACCUGAUCCACCUCAAUGUCAGUAUGUGGCCAAAAACGGAACAGUGACCUGGACAUAUCCAAAAACUUGGAGCACACCAAAGUCCUACUUCCCUUUGACUUUCAGGGUCAAAGUUGAAAGUACAAAGAGACACAAAGGCAUGGCAGAGGUUCAGGAGGUUGAUGAGCAGCAUAUUGAGAUUCCAAGAGCUGGCCCAAAAGACAUGAUCUCCGUGCAGGCUCGGGAUCGCUACUACAACUCAUCCUGGAGUGAGUGGUCUCCACUUUGCAGGUAA